CGGGGGGCCGGCCGGGAGACGGGGCCGGGGGCGGCGCGCCCUGCUGCCCGCUGCGGGGCCCGGGGCGCUGGGGCGCUGAGCAACAGUUGGCCCCGCCGCCGCCCAGCAUGAAAGUGUGCCGGCGGAAGGCGCUGGCGCUGUGCCUGGGCUACGCGCUCCUGCUGCUCCUCGCCGCUCUCAACCUACUGGAGUACAAGUGGCGGAGGGAGCCGCGGCGCUGCGGGGAGCCCCCGGCCGUUCUCCACCACCGUCCCCCGCCGCCGCCACCGCCGCCGGCCGGGAGCCGCGGUCCGGCGGGCGCCCGGCGGCAGCUGGUUUAUGUCUUCACCACUUGGCGCUCUGGCUCGUCCUUCUUCGGGGAGCUCUUCAACCAGAACCCCGAGGUCUUCUUCCUCUACGAGCCGGUGUGGCACGUCUGGCAGAAGCUGUACCCUGGGGACGCCGUCUCGCUGCAAGGGGCGGCCCGCGACAUGCUGAGCUCCCUGUACCGCUGCGACCUCUCCGUCUUCCAGCUCUACAGCACGGCGGGCGCCGGCAAGAAUCUCACCACGCUGGGCAUCUUUGGAGCAGCCACCAACAAGGUCAUCUGCUCCUCGCCUCUCUGCCCGGCCUACCGCAAGGAGGUGGUGGGCAUGGUGGACGACCGAGUGUGCAAGAAAUGUCCCCCGCAGCGCCUCAGCCGCUUCCAGGAGGAGUGCCACAAGUAUCGCACGCUGGUCAUCAAGGGCGUCCGCGUCUUCGACCUGGCCAUCCUCGCCCCUCUCAUGCAGGACCCGACUCUGGACCUCAAAGUCAUCCACCUAGUGCGGGACCCUCGGGCCGUUGCCAGCUCCCGCAUCAAGUCCCGACACGGCCUCAUCCGAGAGAGCCUGCAGGUGGUGAGGAGCAGGGACCCUCGCAUCCACCGCAUGCCCUUCCUUGAUGCUGGACACAAGCUGGGAGGAAAGAAGGAGGGGGCGGGUGGCUCAGACUAUCAUGCCCUGGGUGCCAUGGAGGUCAUCUGCAGCAGCAUGGCCAAGACCCUACAGACAGCCUUGCACCCCCCUGACUGGUUGCAGGGCAACUACAUGGCUGUCCGCUAUGAGGACCUGGUGGUGGAACCCAUCAAGACCCUGCGGCAAGUGUAUGGCUUUGUCAACCUGUCUGUCAGCCCAGAGAUGGAGAAGUUCACCCUGAACAUGACCAGUGGCCCCAGCUACUCCUCCAAGCCCUUUGUGGUGUCUGCCAGGAAUGCUACCCAGGCACUGAGUGCCUGGAGGACUGCACUCAGCUACCAGCAGAUCAAGCAGGUUGAGGAGUAUUGCCACCAGCCCAUGGCCCUGCUGGGCUACGAGAGGGUCAGCAGCCCAGAAGAGGUGAAGGACCUCAGCAGAACCUUGCUCAGGAAGCCACAGCUGUGACAGGGCAGAGGGAACCCACCAGUCCCCCCUGGGGGCAGCUGACCCCACCGGGGAGCAAAGCCGCUCCAGUGGGCUUGAGUGAGUGAGGGAGCUGGGAAAAACAACCUGGUUUCUGACUUCCUCCAAAUACUGCUGAAGGAUAGCAUAGAGUAAUGUGAGGAUUUUUUUCUCCCUUAUGUUGGGUUAGAUUAAAAAAAAAAAAAAAAAGUGCAACUGAAAAUAUGUGUUAAGCCCCAUUUCCCUUCUCUGAAAUGCCAGGCAAUGAUUCUGUACCAAAAUCUUGUUUAUGGAGUUCUUGUGGGUUUGGAGAUGGUAACAAAAACUCUUGCACAGUUGCUAACAUGUCUUUCUAUCCCUUGUUGCAGAGGGGAUGCCCUUGGAAAACAUAAUGCUGAAAAUCAGACUUUUGUAUGAAAGCAAAUGUUCAGACUUGAUAGUAAUAAAACAAUAAAUGAUAUUCAUUUUUAUAAUUACCUCAAUUGUUUGGGAAUUGCAAUGUUGCUUAUGUACAGUAGGAGGGGAUGCUUGCUUAAAAUAGCAAUGUGGACUUUUUUUAAGGGUGUGGGUGGAGGGCUGGAGUGCAGAAUUGGAAAUGUUGAAAGAUUAGGAGCUACUCUCGUAGAAACAAGGACAGAUCUCACAAAUAUAGUGCAGGUUUCAUUGCUAUGUCAAAGCAGGUAUCUAUUUAAGUAUUGUCUUUUUUGUUGUAUUUAAGAAGUCUUUCAAGUGCCACUGUAUUGGUGUCCUAAGAGUUUUAAAAUGUUUGCCAUCACAGCAGUAUUUAUUUUUGUCUCGAUGUGUAUGUCCAGGAGUCACUGUCAAUAGAAGUGGAUCUACAGUGUGACACGAAGUGCAGGAUUUUAAGACAUUUAACAUACUGGGAACAUUAGCAUGUGUGAAAAAAAAAAAAAA